CCGAGUUGGCCCAUAUGAAUUACAUUUUGGGCUUUAGGUCAAAAUCGGGUACCCGAGUUAACGAGUAGGGUUUAUAUAAGAACUAACAACCAUUUCUGAAGCUUAUUCCAAGGAGGCGAGGAAGAAACCCUAUUUGCAGCCACAAGAAACCACAUCAAUGGCGAAGCAGAUCCACGAGAUCAAGGAUUUUCUUCUGACGGCGCGUAGAAAGGACGCUCGAUCAGUGAAAAUCAAGAGAAGUAAGGAUGUGGUGAAGUUCAAGGUUCGUUGCUCAAAGUAUUUGUACACACUUUGUGUGUUUGAUACUGACAAAGCUGAUAAGUUGAAGCAAUCUCUUCCUCCUGGUUUGACUGUUCAAGAUCUUUAGAUCAGCAACGAUCGUUUUGUUCUGUUUUUACUUUUUGAAACUUGAAAGAAACCCUAGGUUUUGUGACUUGGAAUUAUGUUUUUGUAAUUGGUACUUAUUUAUGAUUGUUUUUUUGAGUUGCUAUGAGAUUUGAAGAUGUUUGGUAUUCAUUUUGUGUUGAUUUAGCUUAAUUGAUGGUAUGGUUAAUAUGGUA